CCUGCACCUCCUCAGCAACCCCAACAACCACAGUCUAAUUAUGGGUUUGCAGGUCUACCAAAUGUACCAGGUGCUCCGGGUAAUCUCGCUCCACAACCCAACUAUAGCAAUCCUACACCGUUGAAUACACUUGUGACAGAUGUGAGCGACACCGCAGCUGGAGGCGAACGAAAACCACCAACAGAAGCUUUCAACGAGGCUCGCAAGUUCACUAAAUAUGCACUCAGCGCUAUCGACUACGAGGAUACCGGUGCUGUCAUUGAAAAUUUACGCAAAGCACUUGCGCUCAUGGAACAUUUCUGA